AUGAAGAGAAUGCAGUAUGCUACCGGAGCCAUCUACGUUAGCAAAGUGUACGACAAGGCUUCGAAAAAUAUAACGCUGGACAUGGUGGAUGAUUUGAUUGAGGCGUUCAAUGAAAUGCUUGUCGAAAAUGAUUGGAUGGACAAUUCUACUAAAAACCUUUCUGUGGAUGAAACCGAUUCGUACAGUAAGAUGAUUGAAAAACUAUGGCGAUGGGAAAUAGAAUUUUACUACAAACGUCUUACCGAACCCGUUGAUCGAAAUGAGUAUGAUUUUAACCCCGCAGAGGUCCAUGCAUAUCAUGCUUUCCAAUUCAACACAAUACAAAUUCUAGCUGCUAUUCUGCAGCCACCUUUCUUUCAUCAUACGUUUCCAAGAGCGCUUAAUUAUGGUGGAAUCGGAGCUGUGAUUGGGCACGAAAUUACUCAUGGAUUUGACGACCAAGGUGAUGUUUUCUGA